AUGCAGGGUGCUUCAGUCGACUGGGAAUGGGCACAGGCUUUGGAUCUGCGGCAGCGAAGCGACGAAUGGCUGUUUCUAAUUCUGGCUGCCGGCAUGGGGUUUCUUGUGUCGGCGCUGCUGCUACUACUGCGAGAGAACCCAUCCACGGGCAUGGACUUGCAGAUGAUCGGCAGCCGCCGAGAUCAGAGAAGGCUACGGCGUCUGGUUCUGCCAGCAAACUGCGUGCAAACCGUGCCAGAGGAUGCGAAGAAGGGUUCCCGUUCCGUUGCGAUACCCGGCGUCUCUGACUGGCGCACGACCGCUACCGACCUUCUACAUGUCACCGCGAAGGCCGCCAUGGAGAAGGUGAUUCCCAGAGGCCGGGAGGCACGCUGGAGCCAUCGCCAGGUGAUCCCGGAACGCUUGAACCAAGUUGACUGCCGGCCGGUCCUGGUUUUCGUCAACACCCGAAGUGGGGGCCAGCAAGGCUUCAAGGUGCUGACGGAGAUGAGGAAUUACCUCCACACCCUGCAAGUGGUGGAUCUGCAGCGCGAGGGCCCGGAAGCUGCACUGAAAUGGUGGGAGAAGACUGGCCUGAGGUACCGUAUCCUCGUCUGUGGCGGUGACGGAACAGUCGGCUGGGUUCUCGGCGCGCUAUACCAGCUAGAGUUGGCCUACCUGCCUCCUGUUGGAAUCCUUCCUUUGGGCACAGGGAACGACCUGGCUCGAGUCACAGGAUGGGGAGGUGGCUUCACCGCGUCCAGCGUUCUUCCCGUCCUGCAGCGAGUGAACGAGGCUCACGCUGAGCUGCUCGACCGCUGGACGGUAACUUCCAGUUGGCUGGAAGACCUGCGGCCCUCUUGGUUGACUGGCGGCACAUCCCAGGUCAAGGAGCGACGGCUGAAGCCUAUGGUGAUGAGCAACUACUUCGGCAUAGGCGUCGAUGCAGCAGUGGCGCUGGACUUCCAUCAGAUGCGGGAGCGCAGACCAGAAUGGUUUUGGUCGCAGCUCGUCAACAAGCUUUGGUACUUCAG